UCUCAGGUUUCUGCUUGGAUCAUCAUUCCAAGAACAGUUCAGGUGAAAUGAGUAUGAAAACAGUCAACAUCUACUAGUGACUAUAUACACCUACUGCUCACUCACUCAGCUUAAAACAUACAUGUUAAUUGUUGAACAGACAAGAUGAACGCAGUCUACCAGGAUUAUUACCUCUAAAGGUGGUGGGGCGAAGCAAUGGAAUCAUGAUAUCAGAGGAUCAGCUUGUGGAAUUAGGUGGUGGAAGUGCCUGUGAUUCUACUUGGUCUUGGACACAAACCAUGAACUACGUUGGGCAGCUUGCUGGUCAGGUGUUUGUCCAGGUGAAGGAGUUGUGUAGAGGACUAAACCCUGCAACGCUGUCAGGAUGCAUCGAUAUUAUUGUGGUGCGUCAGCCAGAUGGGACUCUCCAGUGCUCUCCGUUCCAUGUCCGGUUUGGGAAAAUGGGGGUGCUGAGGUCGCGGGAGAAAGUGGUGGACAUAGAAAUCAAUGGGGAACCUGUGAGCUUGCAUAUGAAGCUUGGAGAAAAUGGGGAAGCCUUCUUUGUUCAGGAGACAGGGGAUGAUAAGGAGAUUAUCCCCUCAUACCUUGCUACCAGCCCCAUCCUGUCAGACGGAGCCGUGCUCAUGGAAGCACAGAUGAAGAAAAAUUCAGUGGAGAGGCAGAGAAACUGUGCCCCCAGUGCAUCUUCUCAAUCACAGAUCUCCGUUCACGCGUCCCAGACGGGAGUGGACUGCCAGCCAGUCAUCGGCUCCGCAAAGAAAAGACGCAAGAAACGACGGAAGCCAAAGCUCGACAGCGUGAAGAGAGAGGACAGUGGAGAUCACUGUAAAGAUGAGGACAUGUUUCCUAUUGACAUGAGCUCUGACGAGGAAGCUGAGCUGGCAGACAGUGUCAGGGUGUCGGCACAGGAUACCUACAGUGAUGAAAAAACAUCAAGAAGUAAUUACACACAGAGUGCAGUGCACACUUGUUCAGAUGGAGAAUGGUCACCUAUUCAAAGCAAGACCAUAGCGUGCAAAGGUCCAUCCCGUGCUUUACAUAUCCCUGGCAGUGGAGGCUUGUCUGUCUCUUGCCCUCAGCAAUCUUCUCUCUUCCAGUCUUCAGACAGCCCUGGUGGAUCCCGCCCUUCAACCCCCAAAAGUGACUCGGAGCUGGUCAAGCCUUCAGACAAAGUGAAGCAGAACAACCCAGAGAUGUUGUGGUCCUGGGGAGAGCUACCUUAUGCUGCAAAGCCUUCGUUCACACAGAAAUCAGAGCUGUCCACUGUGGUAAACAUACAAGUUUCAACAAGCACUCACUUUCGGGUGAUUUCCAGAGAUUCUACCUCAGAGGCCCAACUGAGUGUUUCACCCUCCCCUCCACUCUUUGAACCAGUGGCUUCAGAGAGUGAACCCCAGGCUGAUACAGGCUUUAACGUCAGGCCUGAUUUUGAGAUGCUAGGAGCAACUGCACCGUUAUUAUCAGAGAAUGGAGAUCAAUGCCAGGCUGAGUUACGGCCCGUCAGUAAAACAGAUUCCCCUUCUAAAAAGAAAGAUAAGAGAAGUCGACAUCUAGGAGCUCAUGGUGUUUAUUUGGAUGACAUCACCGAGUUGGAACCUGAAGUUGCAGCUUUGUAUUUUCCAAAAAGCAAUCCUGGUAAGGGCGGUCCCGACAGUGAAACCAGGUCAGCAAACCAGUCCCCCCAGUCUGUCAGCUCUGGAAUGGACAGCGGGGUCGACAGCUUCUCAGACCAAAUUGGAGAUCUACCGUCCAUUGCCAUUUCCCUGUGCGGUGGUCUAAUGGACAACAAGGAGAUAACGAGAGAACUGUUUCAAGAAAAAUCUGUUUCGUAUCAGCAUUUUGUUGAGAACCCAUCAAUCAUUGAUGACCCGAAUCUUGUGGUGAAAAUUGGAAGCAAGUAUUAUAACUGGGCAACUGCUGCACCUCUGAUGGUAGCCAUGCAGGUAUUCCAGAAACCUCUUCCAAAGGCCACUGUGGAGAACAUUAUGAAGGAGAAGAUGCCCAAGAAAGGGGGCAGGUGGUGGUUUUCGUGGCGUAGGAGAAACAGCAAUGUCAAAGAGGAAUCCACAUCAGAACCAGGAGGCAGUAUGUCAGGAUCUAUAGGAGGAGAGGAGUCUGGGCAAAUGAGUUCUUCAGACAGGCUGAAAGAUGAGUCGUCUUCUAGCGAUGAAGGCACCUGUGCCUCCAAGCUGAGUUCAAGCACCUUACAGCAGGAAGCCCUCUCGUUCUCCUCUUCAAGUGUUUUAUACAAGAAAACUCUCCGACUCACCUCCGACCAGCUGGGAAGCCUCCAGCUGAAGAAUGGCCCCAACGACGUGGUGUUUAGUGUUACAACACAGUACCAGGGCACAUGUCGCUGCGAAGGGACCAUCUACCUGUGGAACUGGGAUGAUAAAAUUGUCAUCUCGGAUAUUGAUGGAACCAUUACCAGGUCUGACACACUGGGUCACAUUCUGCCUACCCUUGGCAAGGACUGGACUCAUCAGGGCAUUGCUCGACUUUAUCACAAAGUUAGCCAGAAUGGCUACAAGUUCCUGUACUGCUCAGCCCGUGCUAUUGGAAUGGCAGACAUGACAAGAGGGUAUCUACACUGGGUUAAUGAAAGGGGGACCAUGCUACCUCAGGGGCCUGUACUGCUGAGCCCAAGCAGCUUGUUCUCAGCAUUGCACAGGGAAGUGAUAGAAAAGAAACCAGAGAAGUUUAAGAUUCAGUGUCUGACAGACAUCAAGAAUCUCUUUCAUCCAAACAUUGAGCCUUUUUAUGCUGCUUUUGGAAACAGACCUACAGAUGUGCAUUCAUAUAAGGAAGUAGGAGUUGGUUUGAACAGAAUCUUUACAGUUAACCCAAAAGGAGAACUGAUACAAGAACAUGCAAAGACCAACAUAUCCUCUUACGCGAGACUUGGAGAAAUCGUGGAUCACGUGUUCCCACUGCUGACACGAGGAGAUUCUUCAGACUUCCCCUGUUCUGACACCUACAGUCAGUUCACCUACUGGAGAGAGCCACUGCCGUCUGUGGAAAAUCCAGAUGUCCGAGUAGAAUCCAGUUAAAUGUUAGAAUCAGAUGAUUGCUUCUGUAAUGGGCAGUGUUGUGUAAUACACUACCGUUAUGGAUUCUGUCCCCUGUCGGUGAGAUGAGAUGAAGUUAAAAGCUCUAACGAAUGCAGAGGAUCCCGGCAAUUUUACAUUGUGGUUAAGACGCUUGCUUGCGGUGUGCGGGUUCGCCGGUUUGCCCCCAGCUACUGCCCUGUUGUACUUCAAAAGUGUAUUUAUUUAUUUAUAUACCUAACUAACAUUUGUGCAUUUUAAACCUACUUGAUGUGCAUACUAAGUUUGUUAAUUUUUUAAUUUUUUUGUUAAUUUUUUUUUUUUUUUUAACUGUAAUUCUGAUGUUAUAUGUUUUUAGAAGGGGGUUAGGCACAUUUCAGCAAAGCAAAAGUCACCUUUGCUUAAUACUGAAGCUUUUAAUCUUCAUUACCGCUUGCAAAAAAAAAAAAUAUAUAUAUAUCAGUAAUGAAGAAAGGCUGUUACUCUUACAGCCAAAUAAAGAUACACCCUGGUGAUAACCCUUUUAUCAUGAGACUAUACAUCACUGCAGUGUGCUACUCUUUAUUUCUAAUAAAAUAAGAACCCCUCACCAGCACAGCAGGUUAAAUACAUCGGUGAGUGUAUCACUAGCUUCUUCAGGGCAGAAUAGGGGGACACUGACUUCCCCUGUGGAUUGUAAUUUAACCAACAACAUGCAAAUAUGUGACCACCAUUAUUCCACAAGCUCUUUUCAUCCUGGUACGUUUUAAAGCUUCAGUAACUAUGCAUGCUGAUAGACAUGUGCACUCAGUCUUGACUGAACUGAAAACUUAGUAGGCACUGUAAAUGUUGAUAUGAAGUGACAAGCAAGGUAACCCAGGCAACAGAUGAACUAGGAAGUUUACACCACUACUUGUUGAUCAAAACAUUGCAAAGGAUUUUCUGCUUUGAAUAAUUGCAUGUUUUGUUAAAUUUUUAGACCACAGGUUAACUAUUUGAGUUGGCACGUGUCACGUUUCAAUACAGGUACUGUAUGUCUGACAAGCUAUCUUUCGGUUUAGUUUUGUGAAGUAACAAAACUAAUGUAUGGAUCUGAGUUUAUAGUAGAUAACAUCCCACUAUACACAAAGUGGGUUUCAGUGAAUUUAACUAAAUACAAUAAUACAUUAUGUAUGACAACCAAUUACAGUGAUGUAUAUGGUCAUAUAAUUUGGCGUAUAAACCAAGUCCCUGUUGGCAUUUACUGUAAAGUCUGAAGCUAAAUGUAAAGUGCGACCAGGGUGCGGUGUAAACUUCUAUUCAUAUGGAGUAUUAAUUCUGUGAAAUGCUACUAUUUGGGAGGUUUACAUGAGAUGUGUUAAUUAAAGUCACUGCUUGUAGACACGCAGUUAAAGAAAGGUACAGUUACUUUGUGUAAAUAAUAUGUUAAAGUCUAGAGUUACUUUGAGAACCUGAUACAAAUGUAUAGAAACAUAUAAACUUAAUUAUCCUUAAUCUCAAUAUAUUGUCCGAGUAAUGGCUGGGAGUACCUAGAAUGUGAAAUGCCUAUUCUUUCUGUGAAAGACAGUGUUAUGAUCUGCUUUUUAUUGCUGUACUCAUGGUUGUCAUUUUUUUUUUUACUUACUUAUGUAUAUAUAUCACAGAAUCCAAUUGUAACGAAUGAUUGCAGUGUAAUGCCAUUAAUAUAUGGUUGUUAUUGUAAUAAAGGCUCAGAAUAGUCAAA